ACUACUACUACACUAUUCUCUCUCUCUCUCUCUCUCUCAAACUUGAAACACUCUCUCUCUCUUCUUUCUCUCUUUUUCUCUGUGUAUUCGAAGAUGGUGAUGAACUCUCAUUCAAUCAGGAAUGUGAUUGGGAUCAUCGGAAACGUGAUCUCCUUCGGGCUGUUCCUCUCCCCAGUGCCAACAUUUUAUAGAAUCAUUACGAACAAGGCCGUUGAGGAUUUCUCGCCAAUACCAUAUAUUGCAACAGUACUGAACUGCAUUUUUUGGGUCUUCUAUGGCAUGCCAUUUGUGCACCCAGAUAGUCUUCUUGUUGUGACCAUCAAUAGUGUUGGGCUGGUACUUGCGCUGAUCUAUUUAGCCAUAUUCUACACCUAUGGUGCGAAGCAGAAGAAUGGACGGAAAAAGGUACUCCUUGGGCUUUCGGUUGAUGUGAUUUUCGCGGCGAUCAUCAUCAUGAUAACCAUGACAACAUUACAUGGUACCAAGAAAAGGUCUCUGAUGGUAGGAGUCAUCUGUGAUAUUUUCAACGUUCUUAUGUAUGUGUCUCCACUUACAGUCAUGAAACAAGUCAUCACAACCAAGAGUGUGGAGUUCAUGCCAUUUUAUCUUUCAUUAACUAACUUCCUUAAUGGUUCCAUCUGGACUGCCUAUGCCCUCAUCCAGUUUGACAUCUACGUGCUGGUCAGCAAUGGCAUUGGUGCAGUCUCUGGCGCAGCUCAACUCAUACUAUAUGCAAUUUACUAUAGGAAAACUCCAAAACACAAUGAUGAUGCGCCUCAAAAGCCAACUCAGAUCCAGCUCUCUGGUGCAAGUGUAGCCUAAAACAUUCUGAUAGCUAUGUGCCGGGUUGCUCUUAGAAUUCAUACUUUUGACCCUCUUAGUUUCCGCAUCAAUUUUUUAAUCCGUUUGUUUUAGUUUUCCAUCUUUAUGCUUAGUUUUGUAUUUUCAAGUUCUGGAUCUUGUGAAUACAUUAGAUGCUGUUCUCUUGGAUUAUAAUUUUCUUAGACGCCUUGUAUCAAAUACAAUGGUUCUUUGAUUCAAGAAAGCAUGUUCCCUUUUGAUU